CACAGGUCGGACGCUCGGUCGCUCCCACAGCUCACAGAGGCAACCACACAGACUCCUGACGAACUCCCGACAGCUCGCUCCCUGUUGGCUUUCCUGGAAUUUGACACAACAACAGCUGAAGAUUUUUGUUUUUCUGUUCGAGCUCACAUUUGCUCUGUGACGAUAUGCCGCAGUCCAGGUGCACAACAGGAAGCCGUUUAGGACAAGUCCUUCGCUCAGGAGCUUCCUCUUUCCCUGGACGCCACAUGCAGGACUCUCCUGUUUCCCCCCUUCAAUGAACAAAGCGGAUUCCCAUCCAGACCAAGCGCCCGGCAGUAGAAGUGAUAAUCCUCCAAAAUGGCACUCAGUUCGCUCUAUGUUACUGAGGACCCAGGAGCUGGCUUAGCUGAGGAGGACAUAUGUACGCUUGAGAUUAAUAUCAAGUAUGAAGUCAUCCCAUCUACUGUCUGCUCUGUUUGCUUCUCAUUCGGCCUCAUCUACUGCUUCUUCGGAUACCGCUGCUUCAAGAUGGUCAUGUUCUUCUCCGGCUUCAUGUUCAGCUCGGCGGCCGUUCUCCUGUUGUACCACAAAGAGCCAAUGUUGGACACCCAGCUGGGGAUGGAGACAAAGGCGGGGAUCGGCCUGGGCGUGGGCGUGCUCUGUGGGCUGAUGACCAUGCUGGUGUCCACCAUGGGGCUCCUCCUCAGCAGCCUCCAGCUGGGGAGCCUCUUCUCCCUCGCCAUCCUAGUGGUGACCGGACAGUUUCACAGCCUUACCCCAGUGUGGGUGCUUCUCAGUGCCGUACUGGCUGCCAGCACUGUCACUGCUGUCUUCACACUUCAGUGGCAGAAACUGUUCACCAUCAUCUACACGUCUGUGUUUGGAGCAACCACUGUGACGCUGUGUGUGGAUUACCUGCUGGGGACAUUUAUGCUGCCGGAUCAAGUGUAUGAUAUGCUUUGUCAAGUUGCCCCACGUCCACUCUGCUGGUUUAACUGGGCGAUCACUGGGAUGUGGCCUGUUAUGAGUCUGAUGGGUGUGUUGGUGCAAUGGAGGUUUACUGCCAGAGGAAUAUCACACACAGAAGCUGCACACAAAAAGAAGAAACACGCCAAGAAGCACAGAUAUAGAGAGCCAAGGAGAAGACCUCAAACACACCGUCGACGCAGGCCUCCGCUGCUGAAACGCUACGCUGGGGACGUCCUGGCUCCGAGUUACCUGCAGAGCCUCCAGGAGCGGCAGAUGGGAACAGGCUCCUCGGCCAGCAGCGUCAGCACCAUCACACACACUCUAAUUGACUUUGACUUUGAGACGGGCUCCAUGGUGCCUCUGACCGCUGCCUCCCCCGUCUUUACAGUCUGAGGGAACGCGCAGCAUUCACAUACCUUGUUAUACUGAUGCUUAAACAUUCCUUUGAAAUGUUCACUCCCAUGGAAACCAUUCAAACAUUUCGACUGCUGGCGUGAAUCCACCUGAACCUGCUUUGUCAGAUAAUCAUCAGCAUGCACGCCGUGUGAUUCGAGAUGCUUGGAGAUCAUCCUGCGAAUGAUGGACAGCACAGGAAAACAGACCAGACACGGUCAUCAGACUCACCAUCAUCGCAUCCUUUUCAGCGAUUUAUCUCACAGACGCUUUGUGUUUCACAGUCGAGUCGUCUUGUUUCACACAGCUUUUAUUCUCCAAAAACUAUGUGCAGUGUGUCUAGAUCAGUUUGGGUUGUACUUCUUUUGAAGUCUAAAUGUUUUUGUUAUAUGCCAUGAACUCGUAUAUGCAAUUAGAUUAAAGAUAUACAUGAGAAAAAUGGGGGAUGUUGGACAAUAAAGCAAUAAACCACUGAUUUAACAGGAAUAUAACAGCUUGAUAAU